AUGGUGGAGUUUUGGGAAUGCUUGAUCGCGCUGUUGGUGGGCCUUUUCAUCCUCCAGUAUCUGAACCAUCUCUGGGCCAGCAGAAAUUACCCACCAGGGCCUUUCCAGCUUCCCCUCAUUGGAGGGAUAUGGUGCAUUGGAAGUAAAAUUUCACAUGAUACACUCAUCAAGCUGGCCAAGCGCUAUGGAAACAUUUACACGGUCUGGUUAGGGCAAAAACCUGUAGUAGUACUGUCUGGAUACCAGGCUGUGAAAGAAGGGAUGAUCGACCGCCCAGAUGACUUUGGCGGCCGACCAGUCACUGCCUUUGUUAAAGCAGCAUUGGAUAAAAUAGCUGCAGGUGUUAUAUUUUCGAAUGGCAAUUUCUGGAAGCAGCACAGACGGUUUGCUCUAGUUACUCUGAGGAAGAUGGGGAUGGGAAGGCAAAGCAUGGAGAACCAAAUAGAAGAAGAGGCGCAGCAUCUUGUGAAGACUUUUGCAAGUACAAAAGGGCAGCCUUUUGAACCGUUUCUCCCCAUCACUAAUGCAGUUUGCAAUGUGAUUAGUGGCAUGGCUUUUGGAAUCCGGUAUUCUGUGGAAGAUGAAGAAUUCCAGAGAAGGGUAGACACCAUUGAUGCCGUGUCAAAAUAUGGCACUAGCGUCACUGCUCUUCUUUAUGAGACCUUGCCAUGGCUGAUGAACUACGUCCCGGGACCUCAUCACAAAAUUUUCGAUUUUGCCAAGAAAGAGAUUUCUUUUACCAUGGGAGAGAUAGAGAAGCACAAGGAGGAGCGGGACUCUGAAUCGCAGGAUAUUGUUGACUACUACCUGCUGCAGAUGGAAAAAAACAAGAGUGAUCCCAGAUCUACCUAUAACCGAGACAACUUGGCUCAUUUUAUUCUUGACUUAUUUAUCGCGGGGACAGAGACCAGUGCCACUAGCCUGCAUUGGGCACUACUCCUCAUGAUGGCUUAUCCAGAUAUCCAAGAUAAAGUUUACAAGGAGAUGGAAGAGGUUUUGGGUUCUUCUGAAUCAAUCUGCUGUCAGGAUCAGAAGAAACUGCCCUACACAAAUGCUGUGAUUCAUGAGGUCCUUCGUGCCAAAUACGUCUUUUUCUUUGGGCUCCCCAGAGAAUGCGUGAAGGAUGUGAAGCUGCGCGGUUUUCACAUCCCAAAGGGAACUUUUAUUAUUCCGGAUCUACAUUCUGUCCUUCAUGAUCCUGAGCGAUGGGAGACCCCUGAAGAAUUCAACCCACAUCACUUUUUAGACAAGGAGGGAAAUUUUAAAAGUAGAGAAGAAUUUCUGCCAUUUGGAAUAGGCGCUCGGGUUUGUCUGGGGGAACAGAUGGCCAAGAAGGAGCUUUUCCUUUUCUUCACCCACCUGUUGAGGACGUUCAAAUUUCAGCUUCCAGAAGGAGUGAAGGAACUUAAUAAAGAGCCUCUAUUAGGUUUCAUGUUACACCCGCAUCCUUAUAGAGUCUGUGCUGUUCCCCGCUGUAGUUCUUCAGAAACAAAUUAA